UGAUAUGGCUGUCUUUGAAGUACCUGWUGCUGACAAUAGGAACGAUGAAAUUACUCDAUAYCAAAUGGRCCGAUACGUUAGCAGCAAUGAAGCAAUUUGGCGAAUAUUUUCGUUUCCAUUGCACGAAAGACAUCCUGUUGUUGUUCAUCUAGCGGUGCAUCUUGAAAAUGGUCAACGUGUUUAUUUUACUACUGAAAAUAUACAGCAGAGAGCAGCACAACCACCAGCGACUACUUUAACUGCUUUUUUCCGACUUUGUGAAACCUAUACAUUUGCCAGAAGUUUGCUAUAUACUCAUGUAUCAUCAAAAGAAUUCCAAAGACGUAAACAGGGUACAGCAGUUGAUGGUCACCCAGGUAUAUAUUCAACAGAUGCCUUGGGCAGAAUGUAUACGAUUCAUCCCAACAACCCGGAAUGUUUUUAUUUGCGAUUGCUAUUGGUGAACGUUCAAGGACCGAUAUCGUUCGAAUAUUUGAAAAUAGUUGAUGGUAAUUUAUGUUAAACGUAUCGCGUGGCAUGUCACCUAUUGCAUUUUUUGGAAAACGAUUCACAUUUGGAAUCGUCGCUUCAAGAUACAUCUUUACCACACCAAGUAAGAAUGCUUUUCUCGAUUAUAGUAUCAACAUGCAUACCAUCGAAUAUACUGUAAUUAUGGAACAAAUAUCAAGAUUACAUGACGGAAGAUAUUUUGAUUCGGAUGCGUCGUACGUCAAAGAAUCCAGAUUUGAAGAAUUGYAACGUGAACAACAAUUCCAUUGUGACGAAUUGAUUGAAUUUGUGCAAUCAAAUAUUGACAAACUAAAUGAUCAACAAAACUAUGUACAUCAAUCACUUUUUUAAGCUGUUUCUGAAAAUACUGGCGGAUUAUACUUCUUGGACGCACCUGGUGGAACCGGAAAAACAUUAAUUAUUACAUUGACUCUGGCAGCUAUUCGUUCACAGAAAAAAAUUGCUUUGGCUCUGGCUUCUUCUGGAAUUGCUGCCACUUUAUUGGACGGAGGACGAACAGCACACUCUGCAUUAAAAUUGCCAUUGAACACGCAAGUGAGUGAAACGCCGACAUGCAAUAUUUCAAGAAAUUCUGCAAUGGGAAAGUCUUGAAGCUAGCAGAGAUUAUUCCAUGGGAUGAAUGACAAUGACCAACAAAAAAUCGCUCGAAGCAUUGGAUCGAACUAUGAAAGAUUUACGCGGAAAUCAACAGCUGUUUGGUGCUGCCUUGAUAUUGUUAUCAGGUGAUUUUCGACAAACAUUGCCUCGAUCAACUCCUGCCGAUGAAAUAAAUGCAUGUCUGAAAUCUUCUGCUCUCUGGAGAUUUGUGAAAAAAUUG